AUGGCCCCCAAAGGUGUCCACGUCCAAAUCCUGGAACCUGUGACUUUGUUACCUUACACAUGUGGGAACUUCACCUUGACGCAGAAUGAGGUUCACCCCCCAGGAUCUCUGCUUCUUGUGCUGCUGGUCUGCAGCCUCUCUCCAGUCCAUGGUGUCCUGGAGAACUAUAACACAAACUUAAAGUGUAAAUGCAUCCGAGAGACCUUCAACUUUGUCUCCAUUUUGCUCAUUGGAAAGAUUCAAAUCUUGCCCCCUGGGAAUGAAUGUCCAAACACAGAAAUCAUAGCCUGGAUGAAGAAUAAGUCAGUUAUCUGCUUGAACCCUGGAGCCAAAUGGACACAAAAACUAAUGAGAGUGUCAAGAAAAAGUGCUUUUUCAACUUCACCAGUUCCAGUGUUUAAGAAAACGACUGCCUGA